AUGGGGGAGGGUGGUGGCGGCUCCCGCCGUCCUUUACCACCCGCCCUGGCAGUGACGGACUGGAGCUGGCGGCCCCAAAGCCGUCCCUCACGGCCCUUCCUCUCUUGAGCCAGAAACUCUAACAGCAAGAACGAUCGCCGGAACCGCAAGUUCAAGGAAGCCGAGCGGCUCUUCAGCAAGUCCUCGGUCACGUCGGCCGCCGCCGUCAGCGCGUUGGCUGGGGUUCAGGACCAGCUCAUUGAGAAACGGGAGCCCGGCAGCGGGACGGAGAGCGACACCUCCCCUGACUUCCACAACCAGGAGAACGAGCCCAGCCAGGAGGAGGCGGACGAGCUGGUGGGCUCCGUCCAGGGGGUGAAGCCCCAGAAAGCCGCCUCCUCCACCUCGGGCACCCACCACGGCAGCCACAAAAAGAGGAAGAACAAGAACCGGCACAGCCCGUCUGGCAUGUUUGAUUAUGACUUUGAGAUUGAUUUGAAGUUGAACAAGAAACCCCGAGCUGUAAGUAUGGGCGGCUGCCCUCCUGGAUUCUUCUCCCCAUGCCCUCCUCCUCCUCCUCCUCGGUUCGCAGAGGCCCCACUCAGGGUAGCCGUGGGGUUCCAGGGGACAGCUGGGUAG